UAGUCGCUGCGGUUUUCAGAGGAAAAAUAUUUAUUUGUUUUAAAAAACUCACAUUUUUCUACAUUUCAAAACACAGUGACUAGAUGGUUUUUUUUAAUGCUUCUUUCAUUUGCAAAAUUUUCAAAGGAUCCGCCUGACCCUUUGCACCGGAGGAUCUCUCUCCUUUUGUCUGCUCUUCAACUUGUUUCCCCCGCUCAGAAAAACAACAACAGGGGGGUUCCAUUUCUGUUUUUUCCCCCCCGGGUUAGGCCCACGCGGAAUGAAUGACAAAGUCAAAGGAGGUUGAUGUCCACAACUCUCACCUCUUCUUCGCCUCGCCCAAGGAACGGAGGCUUCACCUCCGGCAGAAGAUGGAAGCUGGAGGCGGGAGGGAGAGCUCGGACAGCGGGCAGGCGCAGCACGCGGUGGCCGGGCAGCAGCAGCCCGGACCGGACAACACGGAGCCUUCGAUACUCUUAGCUCGCGGAGGAAAGAAGAAGACAAAUCGUGCUCCGUCACCGGCUAGACCGAAGGAUGUUUCCGGGUGGUCCCUCACGAAGAUCCGCGGUGGCAUCGGAGCCCCCAGCCUGAGCGUGAAGCCGGGUGCCAUCCACCUGGGGAGCCGUGUCUCCAGGCGGAGCCCCGUCGGAACCCUGAGUGGGAAAGACAAUAAAGCCGAUAAAAGUGGUGUGAAAUCGGCAGGAAAGUCGUCCGUCACUUUGAGGACCUCCGCGACCAAGAUGGCGAAAAGUAACAGCGGAGUUCGGAGGAAGGUGUCGGACGCCAGCAUGGCCUCGGACGACCUGUCCAAAGACUCCGGCUUCGCCCCCGGCAAACUCUCCCCCGCCGACAGCAGCUCGGAACUGUCGGACUGCGCCUCCGAGGAGCACAAACUCUCCACGGACGCUCCAAGCAGUGACACCGAGUCGAGGAGUAGCCGAGGCGGUGAGUGGAACGGAACCACACAUCGACAGUCUUCGGCUAAAAGGGCCGACGGGGACCGACUGGCCGUGGGUGCCGAACCCGGCGAGGAGAGCACAUCGCCGGCUGAGGAACGCUCGUUAACCUCGGUGGACAGCCGGAUGCCAGCCAGCACGUCUUUGGCCUUCUCUGACCUCACUGAGGAGUUUGUGGACGGCAUGCAUGAGGAGUUUGUGAGAGAAAUAGAGGAGCUCAGAUCUGAAAAUGAUUACCUCAAAGAUGAAAUGGAGGAGUUGAGAUCCGAGAUGCUGGAGAUGAGAGACAUGUACAUGGAGGACGACGUCUACCAGUUGCAGGAACUACGGCAACAGCUGGAGCAGGCCAACAAGACUUGCCGCAUCCUGCAGUACCGGCUGAGGAAGGCAGAGCGUCGCUCUCUACGAGUGGCCCAAACGGGGCAAGUGGACGGAGAACUAAUCCGAACGCUGGAGCAAGACGUCAAAGUGGCCAAAGAUGUGUCCAUCCGUCUCCACAGUCAGCUCGACGGCGGAGAGAAGAAGAGGGCUCGUCUCGAGGAAGAGAACGAGGAGCUCCGAGUCCGACUCCAAGACCUGGAGGUGUCCAAACAGGUCCUGCAGCAGGAGCUCGACAAGAACUCCCAGAAGAAAAAAGGAGCUCGGCCAACCAACAACAAACCCGACAAGAAGCACUGCCCACAGGAAGACAGCUCAGACCUGAAAUGUCAACUCCAUUUUGCUAAAGAGGAGUCAGCCCUCAUGUGCAAGAAGCUGACCAAGCUGGCGAAGGACAGCGAGGCCAUGAAGGAGGAACUGGCCAAAUUCAGGUCCUUGUAUGGCGACGUGGACGCCUCCAUCACCGUGGAGGAGGUGGCUGACUCCCCCCACACUCGCGAGGCAGAGGUCAGAGUUCACCUGAAGCUGGUGGAAGAAGAAGCCAACCUGCUGAGUCGACGCAUCGUGGAGCUGGAGGUGGAGAACCGGGGCCUCCGAGCCGAGAUGGACGACAUGAAAGGGCCACAAGAUGGGCCUCCAGAACUUAACAAUGCCAGCGGCGGUCCGGCGUCAGCGGCAGUCGUCGGCGGAGGAGGCGCGUCGUCGUCUGAAAACGUCACGGAACUCCAAAGGCACCUCCAGUUUGUGGAGGAGGAGGCGGAGCUUCUGAGGAGGUCCCUGAUCGAGAUGGAGGAACAGAACAAGCUCCUGAUGAACGAAAUCAACCGCUAUAAAUCGGAACUGCCCCCGCCGACGUCGUCUUUGUCUUCUCUGGCCGCGCCGCUGUCGGAGAGGCUGCUUCACGACGGAGCGCCUCGCUCCUCCGUGCCGGGGGAGGCCGCCGUCCUCAUCAGUCCGGAUGUUCCUCCCCAGGAGGAGGAGCUCAGAGCAGCCCGGCUCCAGAUCGGAGAACUGAGCGGGAAGGUGAAAAAGCUGCAGUACGAGAACAGAGUGCUGUUGUCCAACUUGCAGCGGUGUGACCUGGCGUCCUACCAAGCGCCGUCUUCAUCCUCCUCAUCUUUACGAGUGUCUCUGGAGACGGACGAAGAGGCUGGAGACUCGGCAGAGUGUCUUCCCAUCAGUCCACCACAUCGCAAAGAGCCACUGGGGGUGGAGAACGACUCGCAGGACAACUCGGAACACAGAACAUUACCCUUCGGCCUCCAGGGGUUGAAGGACCACGAUGCUUUGCUCACCAUGAGGGACCAGGCUCGCUUGGUUUCCACGGCGAUACAGCUCCUCACCGCCCCGGAGUCCAACUGCCUGCCGUCGUCGCCAUCCAUCUACCACAAGGCGGCGGAGUCAUGUGACCUGGAGAAAGCUCCACCGCACUGCCAGAUCUCGGAGCUUUCUGACUUGGCGGACCGCCCCCUGGUGGGAGCUCUGACCAGCAGGCUCCAGGCUCUCCACAGCCAGCUCCAGGUCUUUGUGGAGCGGGUGGACAGCUUGGGUAAAUCCUCACUCGCCGUGGGCGAAGGCCCGCUUCCCCCGACCUCACCCGUCCAGCUCUCACCUUCUGCAGCCGAGAAGCAGCAACCUGAUUGUAGGGACCAGCUGGAGGUCCAAGGUGAAACGGACCCCAGAGACCAGACAGGAGACAAGCAGACAGAAGUAAUGGAUGCACCGCUAAAAGAUGAUGAGGAGCUGGAGAAGGAGAGGAAGACCCGGAGAGAAAUCACGCUCGGACUCUCACAGCUGCAGGACCAGCAGCAGAAGGCCCUGCUCCGUCGGGACUUCCAGCUGCAGAGCUUGGGCCUGCAGGCUCGGCUUCAGCAGAAGCUGUGGGGCCAAGAGAGGACUCUGCUGGUGCAGGAGUCUCAGCACCUCAAAGAAGCUCUGCUGCUGCUCAGCCUCAAACUGCGCUGCUUCCUCAAACACUGGAGGCUGGGCUGCAAGAAGGACACGGAGUGGAAGGACAUCCUGGAGAUGAACAACCUGAAGGACCUCUACAUUUUACUGGAGGAAGACCACCUGACGAGCCCCGCCCACCAAAGCGAGAAAAAGGCCGACGCGGAUGAAGACGCGCUGGGCCCGUCAAUCAAGUUGAGCGCCGUGAGCAGCACGCUGGCAGACCUGAAGGUGGCGCUGCAGGAUCUGAGCGGCGAGCUGCGGCAGGAGCAACAGAGCUCCCAGGAGCUGACACAGCAGUUUGCCAAGGCCAAGGCAUCAUGGGAAGUGAAGAGGACCGAACUGAAGAACCUCAUUACUCAGCUGGAGACCAAAGCGGGCAAAGCUGCGACAUUGUCCUCCGCCGACGCAGCGGACCCGCCCGACCUGAAGGUGUCGCUCAUUAGGGAGCGGGAGGAACACCAACACCUUCUGGCCGAGUCCUACGCAGCUGUGAUGGACCUGACCAAGCAGCUUCAGAUCGGAGAGAGGAACUGGGAGGAGAAGCUGGAGCUGCUCGAGAGGCUCAGCCAGGAGAGAGCUCAGUGGGAGCAGAGGCUGAGAGAGGCUAAGUUAAAGUCAUCAUUAGGAUCCGAGUCCUCUGUAGACUCAGUAAUCACUAAUGGAACGAGAGAAAGGACCAAGUCCACAGCAGAGCUGGAAGACCCGGAACAUUUAGAAGGCCUACCUCCUUUGAUUUGUCCACAGCUGAGUGACUCCAACAAGAAGAACUGGACCUAUCUGAAUAAUGAGACACCAGAGGUCAGCGGUGUCUGUAAGACCUGGGACGGCCCGAGCGCCAGCGGCUCCUGCAACAACUUAGCCCCAUCAGGACUGGAUCUGGAGUCCGUCCAGAGGAGCCACACCGCUCCGGAAAGCACCGGCAUUCGGAUGUACUACAGCCCUCCCGCUGUCCGCCGCAUGGAGCACAAAAGACGGACACAGGACGGCAAAAAGCUGCAGGGGAAGACGGAGAGAACAUCCACGCUGAGCGUCUCCGAGGCAAGCCUGGCGGACCUGCAGCAGCCCUCGUCCUCCUUUUCCUGGUCUUACGAGCAGUGGCUGAGCUCGCUGUCCAAGCAGCACCGAGAGCUGCUGGAGAGUGGGUGCACCACCUUGUCCGACGAUGCCGGCGCGAUCGACGACGACGUCGCACCCUCCGCUGCCAACGGGAUGACCUCCUCGCCAUUUCACGGCCUGGAAAUUGGGGAGAUUUCUGCUAACUUGAGUGACGAUAUGAAAGAGAUGACCAACUGUGUACGGCAGGCCAUUCGCUCGUCAUCUCUGGAGAGGAAAUCCAGCAAAGAACCAGCGGUCGGCAUGUCCAGCAGGUCCACGCAGACCACGGCUCAGUGCGUCAGCAUUGGGCUUCAAACCGACAACCUCCCCGGCAUCAGAGGCUUAGGUUUCCACUCCAAAGCCUGGUCUCCCCGCCCAUCGUCUGCAACCUCCUCGCCCUUAGCGUCAGCCCGCACUCGGCAGAUCUCGACAUCCCUGGAUAAAGUCCACGGCCGAAUCGACAGGCCCUGUUGUUCGCCCAAGUUCGGUUCCCCGAAGCUUCAACGUCGUGUGUCCUCCGGCUCCACCUCCAGACUUGAUGGAGUUCCUCCUCCAUCCAGAGACCGCAGCCUGUGGAGCCUCCAGCAGAGGACAAUGAGUGGAGGCGGCGGCUCAGCCUGGGCUCGCUCGACCACAACCAGGGACAGCCCCGUGCUCAGCGGCCUCACCGACGGCCUCUCCAGCCUCUUCAGCGUGGUGGAGCAUGCUGGAAGCACGGAGUCACUCUGGAGGGGGGAUGGAGCCGCCAGUCCAGCGCGACACCCUCACGGCGCAGGAAAGCCCUCUUGCCCCUCCGUCUGCGGCUCCGAGUCAAACGCUCAGCGCUACGGAGGCCUGGUGCAAGAGUUCUUCAAGAGUGUGUGCAGCGGCCGUCGGGACGGAGAGAGGACGCAGAGAGAGCCCCUCCUUGUCGGAGACUUCAACUGCAUGGACGAGGCCAGGCUAGAAUGUCUGCCGCCCGGGGCCGGGGGACUUGGAGCCUUGGCCGGACUUAGCGGAGCCAACGACAACGUGACCAGAAUCGUGAACAAGCGCUUCAUGAGGCAGACGGCAGGGGACGAGAUGGUCUGCAUCAUGGGAGGAGGGAAGGAAGUGGCGGGAAAUCACAGCACAGCCGGACCAGGAACUGAGGAUGGACCCUGCGACUGCGUCAUCCAGUCUUCUUGUCCCGCCAGACCGUCUCGAGUCUCCCGCAACUCACCGGGACAGUGCAAACACCGGCCGCACGAGACCUCGGCCUCCGUCGAGGAAAAGGGAGACACUUUGGCGGAGUGACGACACUUGUUUGUGCACAUUUCCUGUUUAACGCUGCCCCCUCCACACUUAUUGGAAGCCGCACUGCCAAACAUAACACACACGCCUCACAUUAAUACAACACCAGUACCAGCAGGUCACACUUUUAUUGACAACAAGACCACUACGGACCUAACCCUCUUUUUAACAUGUCAUCGCAACACCACUGAUAAGUGGAGUUUAAUAUAAAGAAUGUAGAACCGUGCAUGUGUUUUGCAUGCAAUACAACCAGAGACCUUGUUAGAACUCUCUCCGUCUACCAGAUUAAGAGGGUGUGCGUUCACACUUGCCAUGUUUAUUUCAGUUCAAAUGUGCGUUCGCUCUCCUAGUCCAUUGUAGUAUCUAAUAAUAGAAAAGCGCUAUAUAAAAUCCAAUCCAUCAUUAUUAUUAUUAUUGAGAGAUGAGUCUCGGUCAAGGGAACUCUGGUUCAACUUACAUGGCGCAAAGGACCAGUGUUAAAAUGACAACUAUUAACUAACAUCUGUCCAAUCCAGUCCUUACUUUAUGUAUUUUCUUGGUCCCAUGAAAAAAAUCCAUGUGUAAGCGGACCUUUUUUUUUUUUUUUUUUGUCCGAACCACAUGUGUGAACGCAGCCUGAAUUGAAGCCUGUGGGACUAGAUCAGGGGUGUCCAAACUUUUUCCACUGAGGGCCGCACACUGAAAAAAUCAAAGCACGCAGGGUUAAGUUGAUGUUUUUUCAUUUUCAAAACCAAUACAAUAUACACUUUUUUUUUUUAAUGGCUGGGGAUCCCUCAAGUUAGGUCUUAAGGACCCAGAUGGGUUUCAGUCUUAAACGAGGUUCCAAAUAAGUCAUAUAUUUUUUUUUUUCCGUAAAACCCUUGAAUCGCUAAUUCUACUUCAUUAUUUGUUUUACUUUUUACAAGCUUUUUGUCGAAACCCUAUUUUUUUAAGGCAAAAUACGCAAUAUUUUUCCCAAAAAGAUUUUCAAAGUGAAAUAUUUAAUGUGAAGUAAUUGGAUCCCUAAAUAGGUCAAUAAUUCAUAGCAAAAUGUAUUUGAGUUUAUAAUUUUUUUUAUUUUUUUUUAUAGCAAAGACAGUUAUUAAAUUCCACUAAAAUCCGUAGGGAUCCAAAAGUGCCCCACUCAUAAAAAGGGUUCACACUUGCCAUGUUUAUUUCGGUUCAAAUGUGCAUUCGCUCUCCUAGUCCAUUGUAGUAUCUAAUAAUAGAAAAGCGCUAUAUAAAAUCUAAUCCAUUAUUAUUAUUAUUAUUAUUGAGAGAUGAGUCUCGGUCAAGGGAACUCUGGUUCAACUUGGAGUACUACAUGACGCAAAGGACCAGUGUUAAAAUGACAACUAUUAACUAACAUCUGUCCAAUCCAGUCCUUAGUUUAUGUAUUUUCUUGGUCCCAUGACAAAAAUCCAUGUGUAAGCGGACCUUUUUUUUUUUUUUUUGUCCGAACCACAUGUGUGAACGCAGCCUAAAUUGAAGCCUGUGGGACUAGAUCAGGGGUGUCCAAACUUUUUCCACUGAGGCCCGCACACUGAAACAUCAAAGCACGCAGGGUUAAGUUGAUAUUUUUUUCAUUUUCAAAACAAAUACAAUAUACACUUUUUUUUAUAAAUUGUUGGGGCUCCCUCAAGUUAGGUCUUAAGGACCCAGAAGGGUUUAAGUCUUAAACAAGGUUCAAUAUAAGUCAUAUAUUAUUUUUUUCGUAAAAUCCUUGAAUCGCUAAUUCGACUUCAUUAUUUGUUUUACUUUUUACGAGCUUUUUGUCGAAACCCUAUUUUUUAAGGCAAAAUACACAAUAUUUUUCCCAAAAAGAUUUUCAAAGUGAAAUAUUUAAUGUGAAGUAAUUGGAUCCCUAAAUAGGUCAAUAAUUCAUACCAAAAUUUUAUUGAGUUUAUAAUUAUUUUUUUUUUUUAGCAAAGACAGUUAUUAAAUUCCACUAAAAUCCGUAGGGAUCCAAAAGUGCCCCACUCAUAAAAAGGGUUCACACUUGCCAUGUUUAUUUCGGUUCAAAUGUGCGUUCGCUCUCCUAGUCCCAUGUAGUAUCUAAUAAUAGAAAAGCGCUAUAUAAAAUCUAAUCCAUUAUUAUUAUUAUUAUUAUUGAGAGAUGAGUCUCGGUCAAGGGAACUCUGGUUCAACUUGGAGUACUACAUGGCGCAAAGGACCAGUGUUAAAAUGACAACUAUUAACUAACAGCUGUCCAAUCCAGUCCUUACUUUGUGUAUUUUCUUGGUCCCAUGACAAAAAUCCAUGUGUAAGCAGACCUUUUUUUUUUUUUUUGUCCGAACCACAUGUGUGAACGCAGCCUAAAUUGAAGCCUGUGGGACUAGAUCAGGGGUGUCCAAACUUUUUCCACUGAGGCCCGCACACUGAAACAUCAAAGCACGCAGGGUUAAGUUGAUAUUUUUUUCAUUUUCGAAACCAAUACAAUAUACACUUUUUUUUUUAAAUUGUUGGGGAUCCCUCAAGUUAGGUUUUAAGGACCCAGAUGGGUUUCAGUCUUAAACGAGGUUCCAAAUAAGUCAUAUAUUAUUUUUUUUGUAAAACCCUUGAAUCGGUCAUUCUACUUCAUUAUUUGUUUUACUUUUUACGAGCUUUUUGUCGAAACCCUAUUUUUGGAGGCAAAAUACACAAUAUUUUUCCCAAAAAGAUUUUCAAAGUGAAAUAUUUAAUGUGAAGUAAUUGGAUCCCUAAAUAGGUCAAUAAUUCAUAGCAAAAUUUUAUUGAGUUUAUAAUUUUUUAUUUUUUUUUAGCAAAGACAGUUAUUAAAUUCCACUAAAAUCCGUAGGGAUCCAAAAGUGCCCCACUCAUAAAAAGGGUUCACACUUGCCAUGUUUAUUUCGGUUCAAAUGUGCGUUCGCUCUCCUAGUCCCAUGUAGUAUCUAAUAAUAGAAAAGCGCUAUAUAAAAUCUAAUCCUUUAUUAUUAUUAUUAUUAUUGAGAGAUGAGUCUCGGUCAAGGGAACUCUGGUUCAACUUACAUGACGCAAAGGACCAGUGUUAAAAUGACAACUAUUAACUAACAUCUGUCCAAUCCAGUCCUUACUUUAGGUAUUUUCUUGGUCCCAUGACAAAAAUCCAUGUGUAAGCAGACCUUUUUUUUUUUUUUGUCCGAACCACAUGUGUGAACGCAGCCUAAAUAGAAGCCUGUGGGACUAGAUCAGGGGUGUCCAAACUUUUUCCACAGAGGCCCGCACACUGAAACAUCAAAGCACGCAGGGUUAAGUUGAUAUUUUUUUCAUUUUCAAAACCAAUACAAUAUACACUUUUUUUUUUAAUUGUUGGGGAUCCCUCAAGUUAGGUCUUAAGGACCCAGAUGGGUUUAAGUCUUAAACAAAGUUCAAAAUAAGUCAUAUAUUAUUUUUUUCGUAAAACCCUUGAAUCGCUAAUUCUACUUCCUUAUUUGUUUUACUUUUUACGAGCUUUUUGUCGAAACCCUAUUUUUGGAGGCAAAAUACACAAUAUUUUUCCCCCAAAAAUUUUCAAAGUGAAAUAUUUAUCUAUCCAUCCAUUUUCUAGCGCUUAUUCCCUUUUUUGGGGGGGUCGCAUGGGGCGCUUGCAUUUAUCUCAGCUACAAUCGGGCAGUAGGCGGGGUACACCCUGGACAAGUCGCCACCUCAUCGCAAGGCCAACAAAUAUUUAAUGUGAAGUAAUUGGAUCCCUAAAUAGGUCAAUAAUUCACAGCAAAACGUAUUUGAAUUUAUUUAUUUUUUUAGUUGUUUUUUUUUUUUUAGCAAAGAUAGUUAUUAAAUUCCACUAAAACCCGUAGGGAUUUUUAUUUUUCAUUCAACUCUUAAAUCUCUGUACCAGCUUCAGAUAAUAUAUUGUAAUUGGUUUAGUAUAUUUAUAAUAACAAUCAAUAGGAUAAUUAGUAUAAUUAGUAUAUAAUUACAAUUAGUAUGGAAAUUAUUUUUUCAAAUUUUCAUAUUUUUCAUGUGUUUAUGUUUUUUGUAUUUAUGUCCUUUUUGUCCUUAAAUCAAUUAAUAAUUUAUGGCAACAUUGAUUUUUAUUCAUUAUUAUUUUUGGAGAAAUUAUUUAAAAAAUGGUGUCAUUAGAGUCAACAAUGCAACUUUUUCUCAUUGCAUUUCACCUAUUUGCUCUUUCAUUCCACUUUUUAAUGUUUAAAAAAUAUAUAUAUAUUUUAGUGUUUUUAGAAUGAUGUGCUGGGGGCCAUUAAAACAUUAGCUACGGGCUGCAAAUAAGCGGUAGGAAAUGGAUGGAUGGAUGGACAAUACAAAUGACAAUACAAUGAUCCAGCAACUGACACAACACAAAGCAGGUACAAAUAGGAGCAGGCUGAUUGGUAACAGGUGUGGCCAGAUGCCUAUCAGCCGCAGCUGAGGAGGAACACAGCACUCAGGGAACAAGACAGGAAGCUGACAAAAUAAGAGCACUAGACAGGAACCAAAGACAGGAGAUACUAAACACAGAGGAAACAGACAAAUGCAGAGGAAAAAACUAAAAAAUAGACAAACUGUCAGGGGAAAGCCUGACAAGGCAGGCCAGUCUAGUACCCGCACUCUUUUAGUACAAAGCAUUGGCAUUGUCCUGCUGAAAUAAGCAGGGGCAUCCAUGAAAAACACAUUGCUUGGAUAGCAACAUAUGUUGUUGAUUCUCUGAAAGUUUUCAUGAUAUUAUGGAUCCUAAAUGGUGAGAUCCCUAAAUUCCUUGCAACAGCUCACGCAUUUGUUCAAAAAGUUGUGACCCUCGCCCCAUCCUUGUUUGUAAAUGACUGAGCAUUUCAUGGAAGCUGCUUUUACACUCAAUCAUGGCACCCACCUGUUCCCAAUUAGUCUGUGCACCUGCUGGAUGUUGCAAAUAAGUGUUUGAUGAGCAUUCCUCAACUUUCUCAGUAUUUUUUGCCUCUUGUGCUAGCUUUUUUGAAACGUGUUGCUGUUAUCAAAUUCCGAAUGAGAUAUUUGCUAAACAUAAGAACGUUUAUUAAUUCAAACCUUAAGUAUCUUGUCUUUACAGUCUAUUCAAUUGAAUAUAGGUUGAAAAUGAUUUGCAAAUCAUUGUAUUCUGUUUUUAUUUAGGAUUUACACAACGUGCCAACUUAAUUGAUUUAGGGUUUUGUACAUAAUUAGUUUUGCUGUCCUUUGCAGCGGACAAUAAAAAAACAUGUUUACAGUUUGUCGAGAUGAAUGAUACUGCAAGAAGAUGUUUUUUUCUUCUUGGUUUCACACAUGCAUUUGUGAAUCUAGACCAGGGGUCACCAACCUUUUUGAAACCAAGAGCUACUUCUUGGGUACUGAUUAAUGCGAAGUUUGAUACACACUUAAAUAAAUUGCCAGAAAUAGCCAAUUUGCUCAAUUUACCUUUAACUCUGUGUUAUUAUUAGUAGUUAAUGAUUUGUGGAAACACUGAUCAUCUUAAUGAUUUCUCACAAUAAAUAUAUACAUUUUGAUGACAUGUUUUAAAUAGAUUAAAAUCCAAUCUGCGCUUUUUUUGCAGAACAAAAAUUUUGAAAUAAAUUCAGAAGACUUUGAAAUAACAUUUAAAUUUGAUUUUACAGAUUUUCUACAUUUGCCAGAGUAAUUGUUUUGAAUUUUAAUCAUGAUAAGUUUGAAUAAAUAUUUCACAAAUAUUCUUCGUUGAAAAAACAGAAGCUAAAAUAAAGAAUUGAAUUAAAAUCUAUUUAUUAUUCUUUACAAUAAAAAAGAAUACUUGAACAUUGAUUUAAAUUGUCAAGAAAGAAGAGGAAGGAAUUUAAAAGGUAUGUGUUUAAAAAUCCUAAAAUCAUUUUCAAGGUUGUAUUUUUUCUCUAAAAUUGUCUUUCGGAAAGUUAUAAGAAGCAAAGUAAAAAAAUAAAUGAAUUUAUUUAAACAAGUGAAGACCAAGUCUUUAAAAUAUUUUCUUGGAUUUUCAAAUUCUAUUUGAGUUUUGUCCCUCUUAGAAUUAAAAAUGUCAAGCAACGCGAGACCAGCUUGCUAGUAAAUAAAUACAAUUUAAAAAAUAGAGGCAGCUCACUGGUAAGUGCUGCUAUUUGAGCUAUUUUUAGAACAGGCCAGCGGGCGACUCAUCUGGUCCGCGGACACCACGUUGGUGACCCCUGAUCAAAAUAAACCAUUUCAAACCUUUAAAUGAAAAAAUAAUACUGCUUCUCCACCACAGAGGAUAAAGGGAUGAAAUGUUUAAAAGCCCUAUUUUCCUAAACAACUUCACACUAUUGAUUAAACACAUGUGGUCUACAUUCUACUUGUAAAAACAGACUAACAUACAGAUAUCUAACACCUCAGGCCAUUAUACAGGCUGGCCAGUGUUCUGAAAAAAAAUGCAACUUCUUGUUUAAGUUUAAUCCAAUUUUGAUGGCAUUUUCAAAAAAUGGGUCCUGGAACAAGUGCUUUUGUAGUUUUUUAUUAUUAUUCAUAUAUGAGCUUGUCAAUAUACCUCCUGACAUUUAUUCUGUCACCAUACAUUACAGACAAAACACCAGCCAUGCAUUUUAGGUUAAUCGAGGUUUAUAACAUUUUUGUCUUAGUUCGUUAACCUUGUAUUUAGAAAAAAAGCUAAUGUUGCAUUCAAAUGACGUCAUGUCUGGUUUAAUAAAUAUGGGAGACUCGGAAGUGGUAGUCAAGGUGGCAUUUUGCCUUUCUCAGGGCGGAAGUUGCGUAGCUUUGUUAAAAUCCUUUACCAUUGCCGUUAUUAACUUUAAGAUUAUUUCACACAAAUUACUUGAAGUGUGUGCAAACACGCCGUUUUCCCUUACGCGAUUGAGAUAAUUACGAGUGUACGCGAACCUGUCAGGUAAAACCACGUGACACCGCGCUCUUCUAAUACGUCAACGGGAUUGUAAACAGGAAGCAGCUCGUAAUCCGUGUUCAAAAAAAGCGCGAAACAGUGAGGCUCGCACAAAAUGGCGGAACCGCGUCGAUUUGCGGUAAACUUUAAUAAUUGUGUGGACAUUCCAGCCGGCUAAAGUACACAUUACUGUACAUUAAAAAAGGUAAAGAAUUUUCCGAAACCAAGUUAGGUAAGUCAUUUGUUUCAUAUUACUUGUAAUUGCGUCGUUUAGGCUAGGUCUAGACCAGGGGUGUCCUUUUUUUAACGGCACCAUGGUGCAUUUUAAAAAUACAAUUGAAAAAAUUUCAAAACAUAAAAAGUGAUACAAAAGAGCAAACAGAUUAAAUGUAACAAGAAAAUGUUGCAAUGCUUUAAUAACACAA